CAAGAUGGCCGGCGGCGGAGGCCGGGCCCCGGCGUGAGCUGAGCCAGCGCGGGCUGCAGCCCCCGCCAUGCCCCACCCCAGCGGCAGCUAAACCUGACCUGACAGAGCCGGCCCGCCGGCGACUCUGGAGACAUGUCUCUGCUUUGCGUUGGAGUCAAAAAAGCGAAGUUUGAUGGUGCCCAAGAGAAAUUCAACACCUACGUGACCCUGAAGGUGCAGAAUGUCAAAAGCACGACUAUCGCUGUCCGAGGCAGCCAGCCCAGCUGGGAGCAGGAUUUCAUGUUUGAGAUUAAUCGCCUGGAUUUGGGGCUGACGGUAGAGGUGUGGAACAAGGGUCUCAUCUGGGACACGAUGGUGGGCACUGUGUGGAUCCCCCUGAGGACCAUCCGCCAGUCCAAUGAAGAGGGUCCUGGAGAGUGGCUGACUCUGGACUCUCAGGUCAUCAUGGCGGACAGCGAGAUCUGCGGUACUAAGGACCCCACCUUCCACCGCAUCCUCCUUGACACCCGCUUUGAGCUGCCCUUAGACAUCCCGGAAGAAGAGGCCCGUUACUGGGCUAAGAAGCUGGAGCAGCUGAAUGCCAUGCGGGACCAGGAUGAGUAUUCGUUCCAGGAUGAGCAAGACAAGCCUCUUCCUGUUCCCAGCAAUCAGUGUUGCAACUGGAAUUAUUUUGGCUGGGGUGAGCAGCAGAAUGAUGACCCUGACAGUGCAGUGGAUGACCGUGACAGUGACUACCGCAGUGAGACAAGCAACAGCAUCCCGCCACCCUUUUACACUACGUCCCAGCCCAAUGCCUCAGUCCACCAAUAUUCUGUCCGCCCACCACCCCUGGGUUCCCGGGAAUCCUACAGUGACUCCAUGCACAGCUAUGAGGAGUUCUCCGAGCCGCGGGCCCUCAGUCCCACAGGCAGCAGCCGCUACGCCUCCUCAGGGGAGCUGAGCCAAGGCAGUUCACAGCUGAGCGAGGACUUCGACCCGGAUGAGCAGAGCCUGCAGGGCUCCGAGCUAGAAGAUGAGCGGGACCGGGACUCCUACCACUCCUGCCACAGCUCGGUCAGCUACCACAAGGACUCGCCGCGCUGGGACCAGGACGAGGACGAAUUGGAUGAGGAGCUGGAUGAAGAGCUGGAUGAAGACCUGGAGGACUUCCUGGAGGAGGAGGAGGAGCUACCUGAAGACGAGGAAGAGCUGGAGGAGGAGGAGGAGGUGCCAGAUGACAUCCGAGGCUAUGCCAUGCGAGAGGAGGUGGCCGUGGCUGAGCCCAAGGACUUCAAGCGUGUCAGCCUCCCACCUGCUGCCCCCGAGAAAGAGGACCAGGCCCCAGCCAUGCCCACUGAGGCCCCCGACGUACCCAAGGUGGCCCCUGAGCCAGCCGUGCCUGAGGAAGUGCCUGCAUCUGAGCAGGAGCCUGAGGCCCCCAAGGCUGAGGAGAGUUUCAGGCCCCGAGAAGAUGAGGAAGGCCAAGAGGGUCAGGACUCCAUGUCUAGAGCCAAGGCCAACUGGCUGCGAGCCUUCAACAAAGUGCGGCUGCAGCUGCAGGAGGCCCGGGGAGAAGGAGAAAUGUCCAAGUCCCUGUGGUUCAAAGGCGGCCCUGGCGGUGGUCUCAUCAUCAUUGAUAGCAUGCCGGACAUCCGCAAGAGGAAGCCGAUCCCACUCGUGAGCGACCUGGCCAUGUCCCUUGUCCAGUCCAGAAAAGCAGGCAUCACCUCCGCCUUGGCAUCCAGCACUUUGAACAACGAAGAGCUGAAAAAUCACGUUUACAAGAAGACCCUGCAAGCCUUAAUCUACCCCAUCUCGUGCACGACGCCACACAACUUCGAGGUGUGGACGGCCACCACACCCACCUAUUGCUACGAGUGUGAGGGGCUGCUGUGGGGCAUCGCGCGGCAGGGCAUGCGCUGUACCGAGUGCGGUGUCAAGUGCCACGAGAAGUGCCAGGACCUGCUCAAUGCAGACUGUCUGCAGCGGGCGGCGGAGAAGAGCUCCAAGCACGGGGCGGAGGACCGCACGCAGAACAUCAUCAUGGUGCUCAAGGACCGCAUGAAGAUCCGGGAGCGCAACAAGCCCGAGAUCUUCGAGCUCAUCCAGGAGAUCUUCGCGGUGACCAAGACGGCACACACGCAACAAAUGAAGGCGGUCAAGCAGAGCGUGCUGGACGGAACGUCCAAGUGGUCGGCCAAGAUCAGCAUCACUGUGGUCUGUGCCCAGGGGUUGCAGGCAAAGGACAAGACGGGAUCCAGUGACCCCUAUGUCACCGUCCAGGUUGGGAAGACCAAGAAACGGACAAAAACCAUCUAUGGAAACCUGAACCCCGUGUGGGAGGAGAACUUUCACUUUGAAUGCCAUAACUCCUCAGACCGAAUCAAGGUGCGCGUCUGGGAUGAGGAUGACGAUAUCAAAUCUCGCGUGAAGCAGCGGUUCAAAAGGGAAUCCGAUGACUUCCUGGGUCAGACGAUCAUCGAGGUGCGGACACUCAGUGGCGAGAUGGACGUGUGGUACAACCUGGACAAGCGGACUGACAAAUCUGCUGUGUCAGGUGCCAUCCGGCUGCACAUCAGUGUGGAGAUCAAAGGCGAAGAGAAGGUGGCUCCAUACCACGUCCAGUAUACCUGUUUGCACGAGAACCUGUUCCACUUCGUGACAGACGUGCAGAACAAUGGGGUUGUGAAGAUCCCAGAUGCCAAGGGUGAUGACGCCUGGAAAGUUUACUAUGAUGAGACAGCCCAGGAGAUUGUAGAUGAAUUUGCCAUGCGCUACGGCGUCGAGUCCAUCUACCAAGCCAUGACCCACUUUGCCUGCCUCUCGUCCAAGUACAUGUGUCCCGGGGUGCCUGCCGUCAUGAGCACCCUGCUUGCCAACAUCAACGCCUAUUAUGCUCACACCACCGCCUCCACCAACGUGUCUGCCUCCGACCGCUUCGCCGCCUCCAACUUUGGGAAAGAGCGCUUUGUGAAGCUCCUGGACCAGCUGCAUAACUCCCUGCGGAUCGACCUCUCCAUGUAUCGGAAUAACUUCCCAGCCAGCAGCCCAGAGAGACUCCAGGACCUCAAAUCCACUGUGGACCUUCUCACCAGCAUCACCUUCUUUCGGAUGAAGGUACAAGAACUCCAGAGCCCACCCCGAGCCAGCCAGGUGGUGAAGGACUGUGUGAAAGCCUGCCUCAACUCUACUUAUGAGUACAUCUUCAACAAUUGUCAUGAACUCUAUAGUCGAGAGUACCAGACUGACCCGGCCAAGAAGGGGGAAGUUCCCCCAGAGGAACAAGGCCCCAGCAUCAAGAACCUCGACUUCUGGUCCAAGCUGAUCACUCUCAUAGUGUCCAUCAUUGAGGAAGACAAAAAUUCGUACACUCCCUGCCUCAACCAGUUUCCCCAGGAGUUGAACGUGGGUAAAAUCAGCGCUGAAGUGAUGUGGAACCUGUUUGCCCAGGAUAUGAAGUAUGCAAUGGAGGAGCAUGAUAAGCAUCGCCUGUGCAAGAGUGCCGACUACAUGAACCUCCACUUCAAGGUCAAAUGGCUCUACAAUGAGUAUGUGGCUGAGCUGCCUGCCUUUAAGGACCGAGUGCCUGAGUAUCCUGCGUGGUUUGAGCCCUUUGUCAUCCAGUGGCUGGACGAGAAUGAGGAAGUGUCCCGAGAUUUCUUGCAUGGAGCCCUGGAGAGAGACAAGAAGGAUGGGUUCCAGCAGACUUCAGAGCAUGCCCUGUUCUCCUGCUCUGUGGUGGAUGUCUUCUCCCAGCUCAAUCAGAGCUUUGAGAUCAUCAAGAAACUCGAGUGUCCUGACCCCCAGAUUGUGGGGCACUACAUGAGGCGCUUUGCCAAGACCAUCAGCAAUGUGCUCCUCCAGUAUGCAGACAUCAUCUCCAAGGACUUCGCUUCCUACUGCUCCAAGGAGAAGGAGAAAGUGCCCUGCAUCCUCAUGAACAACACUCAGCAGCUGAGAGUUCAGCUGGAGAAGAUGUUCGAAGCCAUGGGAGGGAAGGAGCUGGAUGCCGAGGCCAGUGACAUCUUGAAGGAGCUACAGGUGAAACUCAACAACGUCUUGGAUGAGCUCAGCCGGGUGUUUGCUACCAGCUUCCAGCCGCACAUUGAAGACUGUGUCAAGCAGAUGGGUGACAUCCUCAGCCAGGUGAAAGGCACAGGCAAUGUGCCAGCCAGUGCCUGCAGUAGCGUGGCCCAGGAUGCUGACAAUGUGCUACAACCCAUCAUGGACCUGCUGGAUAGCAACCUGACUCUCUUUGCCAAAAUCUGUGAGAAGACGGUGCUGAAGCGGGUGCUGAAGGAGUUAUGGAAGCUGGUCAUGAACACCAUGGAGAAGACCAUCGUCCUGCCACCCCUCACUGACCAGACGAUGAUCGGCACCCUCUUGAGAAAACAUGGCAAGGGAUUAGAAAAGGGCAGGGUGAAAUUGCCAAGCCACUCAGAUGGAACCCAGAUGAUCUUCAAUGCAGCCAAGGAGCUGGGUCAGCUAUCUAAACUCAAGGACCACAUGGUACGAGAAGAAGCCAAGAGCUUGACUCCAAAGCAGUGUGCAGUUGUUGAGCUGGCCCUGGACACUAUCAAGCAAUACUUCCAUGCAGGUGGCGUGGGCCUCAAGAAAACUUUCCUGGAGAAGAGCCCAGACCUGCAGUCCCUGCGCUAUGCCCUGUCCCUCUACACGCAGGCCACCGACCUGCUCAUCAAGACAUUCGUGCAGACGCAGUCGGCCCAGGGCUCGGGUGUGGAGGACCCUGUGGGUGAAGUCUCCGUCCACGUAGAGCUCUUCACUCAUCCAGGAACUGGGGAACACAAGGUCACAGUGAAAGUGGUGGCUGCCAAUGAUCUCAAGUGGCAGACUUCUGGCAUUUUCCGGCCAUUCAUCGAGGUCAACAUCAUUGGGCCCCAGCUCAGUGACAAGAAACGCAAGUUUGCGACCAAAUCCAAGAACAACAGCUGGGCCCCCAAGUACAAUGAGAGCUUUCAGUUCACGCUGAGCGCUGACACAGGCCCUGAGUGCUACGAGCUGCAGGUGUGCGUCAAGGACUACUGCUUCGCGCGCGAGGACCGCACGGUGGGGCUGGCCGUGCUGCAGCUGCGCGAGCUGGUCCAGCGCGGGAGCGCCGCCUGCUGGUUGCCCCUUGGCCGCCGCAUCCACAUGGACGACACGGGCCUCACGGUGCUGCGCAUCCUGUCGCAACGCAGCAAUGACGAGGUGGCCAAAGAAUUCGUCAAGCUCAAGUCGGACACGCGCUCCGCCGAGGAAGGCGGUGCCGCGCCUGCCCCCUAGUGCGGUGCACGCAGGCAGGCACCAUUGCGCCUGCGCAGAGCGCGCAGGGCGGGGCGGUGCCUGCGCGCUUGGACCUCCCUGAGGGCGAGUCUCCGGGCUCUGAAUGGAAGGCAUCCUGCCUCUGCGCCUUUGAUUUAGUUUCCCAUUCUGGGGAAAGGUGAAUGGCAGUGCCCUGCCCCCUCAGGAGGCCUUGCGCCAGGGCAAGAGAAAGGAAGAAGCCACAUCCCCCCUACUUGAGGCCACUCCCCCAGCGUCUAGGGGCUUUUCGAGCUGGAAUGGGAGGAAAACCAGCCCCUAGAGAGGAGGCCAGGUCCCAGAGCUGUGUUACCUGGACGCCCUGCCUCCUGCCCCCUGGAAAAGCCAUAAGAUGGGCCCCAACCUUUGGGGCCCGAGACCAAUUUGCCAAGUAUGGAACUCUCAGCUCCCUUGAGGGGAGAGCCUUGGGCAAGGGGCAGGGUUUCCUGGCGCGCCCCCUGGGGUGGUGUGGGGACUGGAGGGGCUAGGGUGGUGGUUAGAGAGCCCCCCCCCCACCAAGGUGGACCAGAGUCCCUUUUGAUGUUUGUGCAAAAAAUAAACAAGGAAGCGGGGGGAGGAUGGGAUUUCAAAAGCACAUGCGCUCUUGGGCGCCCAAACCCGGCCAAGGGGUCUGCUCUGGGACAUCCACGCUACCCCAGCUUCCCUACGGGGUUUUGCCUCCCCCGUUCCCCACCACAUAUCCAGUCCUUAUAUCAUAGAGUUCAACCUACUCAUUUGACAGAUGGCAAAACCGAGGCCCAGAGAGCUGCUCAAGACAAUGCCGAGGGUUCCAGUACCACAUCCCCUCCCCAUUCCCUUUGGCCUGUGUGCCCCUUUGAAGGGUGAGCUGACAUCGGAUAACGCGAUACAGCUCCCCAUUGCUGCUAACCCCCCUCAGGGGACUGCCCCCAAUCCUUAAAGAGGUGGGGGUUCAGGGCAAAGUCCCCCAGUGCCCCCUUCCACCUCUGGCUGCCAAGCAGAACCCCUGCCUUCACUGCUUUCCAUUGGGACACCAGGGUUAUAUACCUGAGAACUCUUGAUCUCCCACCAAAAUAGAGUGAAGAUUUGGGAUUCCCUGGACCCAGUUCCCUGCCCCAACUACUUCUUCCCCUAGAAUGCUCCAGUCAGGAAAGAAUGGAAAGAGACCAGAAACUUGAGAGGGGUGUGUGUAUGUGUAAGUGAAUAUACAAAUUUGCUGGGGAGCUUACUCCCCCAAAAUUUCAUUCAUUCAUUUAAACACACAGGCCACAGGAUAUCCCAGGUGGAGCCUCUACCUGCCUGAAACUCUUCCUCCACAAGGGAUUUUGGGGCAGUUUGGCCACAUUUCUCCAUUUUAGCUCACACAGGCAUUUGGGGAGACAUUUUGGGAAACUUUGGCAUGGCUUGUCUUUGCUCAGGAUCUGCUUUUUCACGUUGAACCAGUAUGUGUAUGCUGUGGGUUUUUUCCCACCAGAUUGAUAAAUACAGGAUUGUGCUGUACUAGGGAAAAAUUUAAACAGAGGGAUGAGAAGACAGUUAACUAGGCUCCUGGAGUGAUGGGGGCUACCUCAGAUGGGGAAGGGCUUUCUGCGGAGGUGAAAAGUGUAAAGGAACCACCCAUUGGAGAGAAAAGAGCUCCAGGCAGAGGGAACUUUGGAAGUGGGCUGACUUGAAGCAUAGCCAGGUCAGGUGGCUGGAGCUGAGUCAACCAAUGGGGUGGUGGGAGAUGCUGAUGAGGUUGAGGAGGUCUGCCAAGGUCUCAGGCCAGGUGGGAUCUGGUAUAAAGUCCUGAGGAGUUUUGAUUUUACCCUAGAGGCUUGGGAGGCCCCAGGAGAUUUUAAAUCUGGGGAGAGUCUGGAUUUCAGGUUUUGACUCUCCCUCUGGCUACCUCAUGAAGAAUAGACUGAUGUGGUGGUGGGGGAGGACAAAAUGCUUUCAGGACACUGAAAUUAAUUCUUGGAAAGAUUUUGGAGGAUAUAUUAAAAACUAUGCCUUAGAUGAGCCCCAGGGCCCCUUGGUACAGAUGUCCCGAUUGUGCACUACCCAGGGGUUGAGCAUCUCUAAGGAGGCCAUGUGCAAACUGAGGGUUGUAUAUUUAUGGUAAUGGUUUCCCCAUCUGUGAACAAGAGUUUGGAUGAAGCUGCUGUUAUUUCUAAUUUACCUGAAAGUAUUUGUGUGUCCCCUAAAUUCCCUGGUGGCUCAGACUGUAAAGAAUCCACUUGCAAUGUGGGAGACCCGGGUUCUAUACCUGGGUUGGGAAAAUCCCCUGGAGAAGGGAAUGGCUACACAGUCUAGUAUUCUUGCCUGGGAAAUCCCAUGGACAGAGGAGCCUCGUGGGCUACAGUCCAUGGGGUCACAAAGAGUCGGACAUGACUGAGCGUUUUGAGUGUGUGUAAAUUCAGGCAGUUUCAGGUGACUGACGGUUCAGAAUUAGAGAUUAGGAUGAAAGUUCUCAUUCAGGAUGGUGGGGCGGGAGGGCCCCCCCGCCCCAGGGACAAGGGACAGGCUGGAGGUGUCUUGCGGGGAACUUGAAGUCUCCGUCAUGAGGCCCAAGAGGGAAAUUUGAACUUCAGACCAUCCAAGAGGUGGAGGUGGACUAGAUGGCUGACUUGGAGAUGCGAAGAGGAGCAACAUCCAAAGGGGAGUUCAUCUGUGAUUUGGAGUAGGCUCUGAAAGACUUCCUGAAUGACUGGCAGGAAAGGGCAGUGGGAGCUGAGCUUCUGCCAGAGAAAGCCAAGGUGUUUCCCAAAAGCUUUAUUGGGAGGUGCUCUGGUCUAGGGUGUGUGAGUGAGUGAGUGAGUGUGUGUGUGUGUGUGUGUGUGUGUGUAGGCUUCCCCAGCACCAGGUCAGGCACAUGGAGGGAGCCUCAGGGAGUAUUUGUCAAAUGACAUUUUCUGACUCCCAGGCUAA